UUAUAAUUACAUAUUUUAUUAUUUUAUAGUGGUAUAAUUAGCUAUAUAAUCUAUUCGUGAAAUAUCAGCUAUCUGGACGCUAAGCUCAAAUUUCUUCGACUGGAAUCUGAGAGAUCUUUAGAGGGCUCUAAACUAAAUAAUAAUGAAAGCAGUCAUUCUAAUUCUGGUCCUCGUGGCAGUUGUCCAAGCAACUAGUCUUAAAGACAUUCUUAAGGCUGAGUUUAACACCUUCAAGUUGAAGCACCACAAAACCUACCAGGAUGCUAGUGAGGAGUUGAAGCGCCUUCAGAUAUUCGUGGAAAACAAGAAACUGAUCGACACUCACAACAAACGCUAUCUGGCCGGAGAGGAGUCUUACGAGAUGGGUGUGAAUAAAUUCUCUGAUAUGACUCCCGAGGAAUUCAAAACGCGCGUGCUUACAUAUCUCAAUCCUGAGGACGCCCAGGAAGGCAUCGACAAUAUUUACAAUACAUCUGCCAUGGCUAGUCUCCCAAGUAGCGUUGAUUGGCGUCUUUCAGGCGCUGUUAAUCCAGUUAAAAAUCAAGGAUCCUGUGCCUCCUGUUGGGCUUUUUCUGCAGUUGGCUCACUGGAAAGUCACCACUUUAUAAACUCAAACCAGAGAGUAUCCCUGUCCGAACAAAAUUUGGUGGACUGCACAAGAGGUUAUCCCUAUAACAACCAAGGCUGUUCAGGGGGCUGGCCGAUUAGAGCAUUCAAUUAUGUUAGGGACAAUGGUGGUAUAAACACGGCCAGCUCUUAUCCAUAUGAAGGCCAAGACAACACUUGCCGAUACAAUAAGAACAUUGGAUCAAAAAUCUCUGCUGUUAUACAAAUUGCUAGUGGAAAUGAAGCCGCAUUGGCAUCCGCCGUUGCCAAUAAGGGACCCAUCUCUGUGUGUCUCAACGGCUCCCAGUUCCAAUAUUACAAAAGUGGCGUCUUGAACAAACCGUCGUGCCCUCAUUCUGUAGACCAUUGUCUAGUUGUUAUUGGCUACGGCACCGAUUCAGUUGGAGGAGAUUAUUGGUUGGUGAGGAAUUCUUGGGGCGAGAAUUGGGGAGAAAACGGAUAUAUUCGCAUGGCCCGCAAUCGCAACAAUCAAUGUGCUAUUGCCAGUUAUGCAAUUUAUCCAGUAAUUUAAUCGACGUCUUUGUAUUUUCUUUAUUUAUUUUAUUUAAAUAAAUGAUUGUUUAUCCCAA